UAAUAAUAGGUGGGAAUAGCUUAUUGCCACUAUUCUCACUGCUCAACCAAAAGCAAAGUUACAUCAGAUUUGUCUUUAGUAUUAGUGAAGUAAUAUUUCAUUGCCAUUCACAUCAUUAUAAAUCUUUGAGUCAAGUGACUUGCAAUUGUCAGUACACUUGUGAUUUCAGUUGAAAACAGUUGAUUUUCUUCGUUUGUGCCUUUGUUCAUUUAACUGUUUAAGCUUUUAACUGUUGUUACUUGGGAUUAAAUGGCUCCUAUUCUCGGUUAUUGGAAAAUCCGUGGCCUUUGUGACCCAAUACGGCUACUUUUGGCUCAUACAGGCCAAGAGUAUGAGAUGAAAGAAUACUCAAUUGGUCCAGAACCAGGUUAUGACAUAAGUGAAUGGCUCGAUGAAAAGUUCAACUUGGGUCUUGAUUUUCCCAAUUUACCUUAUUACAUUGAUAAAGACGAAGGGGUCAAAAUUACUCAGACGGUCGCUAUCAUCCGUUAUUUAGCUCGGAAACAUGGAUUGGUUGGUGAAUCUGAUGAAGAGACAAUAAAGAUUGAAAUGGUUGAACAACAAGCAAUCGAGUUGAUCUUCACUUGCACCCGAACCUGGUAUUGUAGAGAUGAUGACCUUUUUGACAAGUUAAAGGAAGAAAUGAUGACCAUUUUACCAGGAAAGUUGAUUGGUUUAGCCAAAUUUUUGGGUGAAAAUCAAUACAUUAUUGGUGAUCGUAUAACUUAUGUUGACUUUAUGCUGUAUUCAAUACUGGAUUACAUCCGAUUAUUUGAAGAGUCAUUGUUUGAUGAAGCCAGUUCAUUGAAAGAUUAUUUAACUCGAAUUGAAUCAUUACCUGAAAUUGAAAAGUACCUUUCCUCUGAUGACUUCAAAAGGUUUCCAAUCACUGGACCAAUGGCUAAAUUUGGUGGUUCAAGUGAAUAACAAAAGUUAUUUCAGCUAAAUAAUUAUAACAUACUUUUUAUUGACCAAAACAUUUCAUCAACAAAAGAUUCGAUUUACAUUUGAUUCGUUAGUAACCGAAAAGAAAGGAUACAUUUCAUGGUUAAUCUACUUUUGGCUUUGCAAAUAAUUGUAAUCAAAAUAUCAAUAAUCUAUAAUAGUUGAUUGUAUUCCAUGUUAGAUUGCUUUAAUUUACAGAUUGGUUUGCAUUCCAUAUAAAAAGUGUGAUAUCCAUUCUGGUAAUUGUUCAAUUGAACCCUUAUUUAACUGCUUAAAUCAUUGUAUUCCAAACAUAUUGUUGUUGCUCUAAUCCAUUGAAAUUAACGGUUCCACUGAAUAAAAUAAAAGCUUUCAGUUUAUUUCAAAAUAA